AUGCCUGCUGAAUCGGUCGCUCUGCAGAGCAUUCCCACGCUCUCUUCGCUUUUCAAGUCGGGUCGAGCCACAAUCUGCCGCUCCAUCACUUGCGCAUCUUCUUCGGCUGCGUCUGCAAGCAAGAUCCACUUGUAUCAAGGAGACAUUACAACGCUGGAAGUGGACACCAUAGUCAAUGCUGCCAAUCAUUCUUUGCUGGGUGGUGGUGGUGUGGAUGGAGCGAUUCACAGACGGGCUGGAAGGGAAUUGGUCAAAGAGUGCAGAGGCUUGAAUGGUUGCGAUACGGGCGAUGCCAAGGUCACAAAGGCAUACGAUCUGCCUGCCAAGCACAUUGUGCACACCGUCGGGUGAGCAGGCAAGAGCCUGGCCAAGCAAAGGUCGCGCUCAACAGGCCGUCGCAAGAAAAGCUGAUGACUUCUGCGCAAUCCCUUUUGGGGUGUCUGAUCCCCUUGCAGACCCGUCUGUGAGCUUUCCUUGACUCCGGAUCACACUGCGGUACGCAAGCAUGCUGGGCCAGCUUUCCACAUUGACCACCUCCUCUCUCUCCUCUCAUCGCUGCACAGUCUCCAAGAAGAAUCCCGAAAAGAGCGCAAAAGAGCUGCGCUCCGCAUAUAGGCGGUCUCUAGAAGAAGCGUCCAAGCUGACAAAUGUCAAGAGCAUCGUGAGUCGAAUGCACAUCUCUUGCACGCAUCAAGCGCUCAGCGUUCCAAGCUGAUGGAUCACUUUCGCCAUCUGCGCCGCGCCGCGCCGCUUGCGCAUCCAUCAUCAGGCUUUCCCGAGCAUCAGCACCGGCGUGUACGGCUAUCCUAUGGAAGAAGCGACGCACAUUGCGCUUUCCACAAUCGCAAGCUACCUGAAUGACAGCGACGACAGCCAAGUGCGUUUGCUACGAGCGCCUCCUGAGCCAGAGGCUCAGCUGGAGAUGUCUGUCUGCCUCUCACUGCCUGCCGUUCCGUCGUGUGCCACCCCCCACCCUCGCAGCUCCAGAACUUUGUCUUUUGCACCUUUUCUGCGGAAGACUACGACGUGUAUCUCCGCCUCGCGCCAGAGCACUUUCACGAUGGGUAG